GCAACUUUUUCCUUGUUGGUGUGUGAUAAAUGCGGAGAAAAGCUAUCAUAAUAUUCUAGUUCAAUUCUGUAGUGACAUCAGUUAGUUUGAUCGUGAUUUAGUAAUCGUCGGCGCCUAACAGUGCACAGAUUCUAGUGCCUCCAUAAUGAAGGUUUGGUUAGUCGCAGCUGUGAUAUCUUCCAUAGCUGGGUCUCUUGUUGCUGUUAAAGAUCAAUGCGAAGAGGACAGCUCGUCAAGUUGUUGUUCAGGAGGCGACUUUAGUCCUGUCAAUCCUUUCAGCACGCUGGGUAAAAAGCUGGAUGAGUUGCUGGAUUUGAUACGAGCACAAGUUCUUCAAUGUGCUGGAGGUCGUGCACUAGAGACUACGCCCAAGUCGUGCAAGGAAGUUGUGGACAAUGGAAGAUCCGAUGGAAACAAAGCCUACACACUGGAUGUUGGAGGCAAAAAGAUGCCCGUUUACUGUCAGGUGACUCCACUUGAAGGCUGCGGAGGAGGUGGAUGGACGAUGGUCAUGAAAAUAGACGGAACAAAGAAACACUUCACUUAUGAUUCUGCCCUGUGGACCGACCUGAUAACGUUUAACACUCAUGGCGGGGAGACUGGGUUUGACGCACACGAAACAAAGUUAUCGACCUACUGGAAAACACCCUUCUCUAAGAUCUGUGUUGGUAUGAAGGUUGGAAAUGAUCCAGUCAGAUUCCAAGUCAUCGACCAACAAGCCACCUCUCUCCAUUCACUGAUCGCUGAUGGCGAAUAUCGGGCCACCUCAUUGGGACGAGACGCGUGGAAGAAUCUGAUUGGCCCCCACGCCUCCUUACAGCGUAAUUGUAACAGAGAAGGGUUCAAUGCUAAAGCCGACCGAGAUAACCUUUCAAAGGCAAGAAUUGGUAUCACUAGUAAUAACGAGAAUGAUUGCAACACUAAUGAUUCCAGGAUUGGAUUUGGUACUGCAGGGUAUCCUGACGAGAACCAGUCGUGUGGGAACGUAGCGCGACAUGGUGGUGACAAUGGAGACAAGACCACCCCAGCCAUGGGAUACAUCUUGGUUCAGUAAGAUGUUCACAACCGCAAGCAAAUGAUCCAUUUUUGUUUUGUUUUGUUUUGUUUCAAUAGAAAUUCAGGUGAUACUGAGCGAGAUUGCGAUUGGCGAUUUCAUUUUUGCUGAUAAAAUUUUGACAGUUGUUGUUAAAUCAAAAUAAAGAUCUUAAAUUAAACAAAGUAAA